AUGCGCGAGGAGUUCACCCGAAGCUGCUGUGCCUGGGCCCUGAUACUGGUGGUGCUCAUGCCCGUGACCGGAGCCUGGCGCUCUUUCAAGGUCAUCCUCACGAGCAUUGACUUCGAGGCCAACGACAAGAUCAUGGACAUCCAUGUGGAUCUGCAGAACGAGUCGGGUGACUCCAAGCUGAGCAUGGAAAUCAAACUCGAGGACAUAGAGGACGUCGAGCUGGCGGUCGACAUUGGCCUGGAGACGGACAAGGGGAACUUCUCCACCCUGAUCAACCGCACCCUCAACUUCUGCAAGCUGCUGAAGCAGCGCAGCUCGGACCCGCUGGUGCGCGGGAUCUUCGAGGACCUGCUCAAGCACGGCAACCUCUUCAAGGAGUGCCCCAUCCGGAGCGGCACCUACACCCUCACCAACUACAAGGUGGACGAGGAGAUGUUGCCCAGCUUUCUGCCGGAGGCCAAGUUCCGGUUCGGCCUGGCGAUUUCGAAGCCCAAGAGCGGAAUGAUAGUGAGGUCCACCAUCUACGGGCGCAUCGACAAGUCGAAGGGAUUCGACAACCUCAAGCGGUUCAGUCUCGGUUGA